AUCAGACAACCUUAAUCUGAGAUUAAGUACAAAGUAAGCAGAUUAAUGUGCGUGAGUGUGGCAUUUCACAGUUGAGAAGGGAUAUUCCUUCUGCCAUUUCAGCUUUUGCUUUUGAUUGUCGCCUUUUUUAUUCUCUCUCCCGUCAAACUGUUUCAGCACAACCCAGUGCUGUCCAAUUGCGAGAGUAUGGAUCAAACAAUUGGUGAUGAGAUGCCCGAACCGGUUGAUGGUACACAUAUCCGGCAUAAAGAGAAUGAGUUCUCAAUAACACCCGGAAGCUCUGACAUGCUGCAGUCAGAAAUGGUUACACCUGGUGUUGAUGAUUAUGCUCAUAUGGCAAGAAAUCGAUAUUCAGUUAUACUGAAUGCAAAAGACAUGGACAGAAUUGGUUCUUCUGAACAUGCGAGUGCCAGUCCACGCUGUAUGGAUGAUGCUGGGGUAAUGGUUGAAGAGUUGACGCUGAGAAAUUAUGAUGGGGAAACAUUGACCGUUGUGGGUAGUUCAAACAAUAGAGAUCGAACACAAACUAAAAAAAACCACUGGCAGAAUUUGUAUCAAAUAGGUGGCAGAUCAGGAAUCAGCAACCUUCAUGGACAGAGUGGGUACAAAGGAAAAGGUCAGGCAACCUCGAGUGCCUGGGAGGAUGAGGAUAACAAUUUCUUUCCUGGAUUACUAGAUCAAAGUCAGCCACCGUCAGACUCCAGUCGUAAUAAUCUUUUGGAAAAUCAACUAAUGAACAAUGAUAAUGGUAUUCCAGGCCAUACGUUAAAUUCUCCUGGAGGCAUUAGGACAAAGAUCUUGUCUAAAUCUGGUUUUUCGGAGUACUUCAUUAAAAGUACAUUGAGAGACAAAGGAGUAAUACAUAAAACACAUGCCUGCAGAGGAUCUGGUACUGUGUCUGGGGACCUGGUUCAUCCGAAGUGUGGCAUUGCUGGUUCAACAAAUACUGCCGCACCAUUAGGUUGUUCUGGAAAGCCUGUUUCAUCUCUUUCAGACAGAGCCAAUAUUGAUGGAUUAACUUUAAGAGAAUGGCUGGAAGCUGAUGGAAAGAAAGCAAAUAAAGUUGAAAAACUGAAUAUAUUUAGGCAGGUUCUGGAUCUUGUUGAUUUUUCACACGCUCAAGGAUCUUCGCUUCAAGAUUUAAGGCCUUCUGCCUUCAAAUUGUCAGGGGCAAAUCUGGUCAUGUAUCUAGGAUCUUCUGUACGUGCAGGGGUCACAGAUAAUAUUACAGAUCAAGACAAUUACCAAUCUAGUCUUAAUCGUAACGAUAAGAGGCCAAUAAAUCAAAGGUUGAUGUCUAUUGAGAACCAAUGUGUGAAGAAGCAGAGAUCAGGUGAUAAAUUGAACACUAUCCAAAGGUGGCCCCAGUUUCCAUCAAGGUCUGGCACUAGAUUUGCGACCAACAAUGUUUCCAAGGAUCCUAGCAAUGAUGUACACAAGGAACAGGGUCCUAUAGCAGAAACUAAGAACUACAGCAAACAGUUUGGCCAUAAUGUGCCUAGUUCAUUACAUGCAUUGCGGUCCUCUGCAAAUUUUAUGUUGGAAGAGAAGUGGUAUACAAGCCCAGAGCAGUUCACUGAGAAAGGCUGUACCUUUGCAUCAAACAUAUACUGCCUGGGAAUUCUUCUAUUUGAGUUACUUGGCUCAUUUGAUUCUGGAAGAUCUCAUGCUGCUGCCAUGCUUGAUUUACGUCAUAGGAUUCUCCCUCCCAACUUUCUUUCAGAGAAUCCUAAGGAAGCUGGGUUUUGCCUUUGGUUACUUCACCCUGAGCCUUCAUCACGCCCCACAACCAGAGAAAUUUUGCAGUUUGAAUUUCUAAGUGGUACUCAAGAACUACCUCGAGGUGAGUUGUUAUCAUCUAUUCAUGAAGAAGAUGAGGAAUCAGAUUUGUUAUUGUACUUCCUUGCAACAUUAACCGAGCAAAAAGAAAAGUAUGCACUCAGUCUAUCAGAACAAAUACAGUGCAUUGAAGCUGAUAUUCAAGAGAUUGAGAAACGCAAACCUAGAAAGUCAUUGGUUCUAUCUUCUUUGCUUCAGAAGUCACCUGCUGCUGCAUGUGGGAGCAGUGCAAGCGUAGAUCCAUAUUUAAAGGCUACAAAUGAUGCAGAAACUAGGUUAAUGAGUAAUAUCAGGCAACUCGAACAUGCUUACUUUUCUAUGAGAUCAAACUAUCAGCUUGCAGAAAGUGAUUCUGCCACUGAUAGGGAUGUAGAACUCCUGAGAAGUCGUGAAAUGAGGUGCACUCUGGGAAAGGGAGAGAACAAGACUGAAGAUCGUCUAGGGGGCUUCUUUGACGGUUUGUGUAAAUAUGCUCGCUACAAAAAAUUCAAAGUAAGAGGAAUACUGCGGAAUGGAGAAUUUAAUAAUUCUGCAAAUGUGAUCUGCUCUUUAAGUUUUGACCGUGAUGAAGACUACUUAGCUACAGGAGGGGUGUCAAAGAAGAUAAAAAUUUUCGAAUAUAAAGCUCUCUUUGAUGAUUCAGUCGAUAUUCAUUAUCCAGUUGUUGAGAUAUCAAAUAAGUCAAAGCUUAGUUGCAUUUGCUGGAACAGCUAUAUCAGAAACUUCCUUGCUUCUACAGAUUAUGAUGGCAUAAUCAAGUUAUGGGAUGCGUCAACUGGUCAAGGGUUUUCUGAGUUCGUUGAGCAUAGUCAAAGGGCUUGGUCUGUUGACUUCUCUCGUGUUGAUCCUACGAAACUAGCCAGUGGAAGUGAUGAUCGUUUGGUGAAAAUAUGGAGCAUAAACGAUCGAAAUAGUUUGUGCACAAUUAGGAGCCAUGCAAAUGUUUGCUGUGUUCAGUUCUCACCUCACUCCUCCCAUUUACUGGCCUUCAGCUCUGCUGACUAUAAGACAUAUUGCUAUGAUCUUCGCAAUGUUUCAGUACCUUGGUGUGUGUUGGCGGGCCAUGAGAAAACUGUAAGCUAUGCAAAAUUCUUGGAUUCAGGAACAAUUGUUUCUGCAUCUACUGACAACACACUGAAGAUUUGGGAUUUAAAGAAGACAAGUUCCAAUAGUUUGUCAAGGGAUGCUUGUAUUUCAAGUCUCAGAGGGCAUGCUAAUGAGAAGAACUUUGUUGGCCUAUCAGUGAAUGAUGGUUAUAUAACAUGUGGUUCCGAGACAAAUGAGGUAUUUGCUUACUAUAAAUCUCUCCCCAUGCCAAUUUCUGCCCACAAAUUUGGCUCCAUUGAUCCCAUGACUGGUAAGGAGACAGAAGAUGAUAAUGGACAGUUCGUUUCAAGUGUUUGCUGGAGACCAAAGUCAAAUAUGGUUGUUGCUGCUAAUUCAACUGGGUGUAUCAAACUCCUACAGUUGGUUUAGACAUAUAUAAGUAUUUUCUCCCAUUACAAGCUGUGCCAUACCAAAUAUCAUAUCUGCCCAUCACUAAAGCAUCCUGCACUACUUCUGGUUGCUUGUUUUGUUGCUUCCACACUAUGCUGGAAACAAAGCUUGAUCAUGGAGUUUCGCUUUGGAAGAAAGUGGAGCUUUUUACCUUCCUUGCCUCGAUGCCUGCCGUUUGUCAAGCGCUGGAAGCUAGGCUUGAUACGGGGUUUGUCAAGAGUAGUUUGGUGAGGAACGAAGGUGGGAGACAUGCAUGUCCCUAACUACCAUAGCCGGGUGGCGUAUUCUUAGAUUCUUGCAGAAGUAGGCGAAAUACCAGAUGCCCAUCAUUAGAAGCAACUGCCCAUAUUUCUGCACAGUUGAUUUUUAUUGUUGAUAUAUAGUGGAACCAUAAAUCUGUGUUAAUGAGGCUGCGUGUUGAGCGGCAUUCUUUGUAUAUUGGGUGUUUGUAUAAUUAGUGCUCAAGGUUUAGCUUUUUACCAAAUUGUACUACUACUCUAUUCUAUUCGUAUUCGUAUUCGUAUUCGUAUUCGUAUU